UAUAUAAUGCACACACUCACAUUUCCCUUGCCAGUUGCCAACUGCUUCCUCCCUCAGUCCACAAUAGGAAGCACAGUUUUUCGGUAUUCCUUCCCCAUACCCAUACAUUCUUCCUCAGAGUACAAGUGCACAUGCAGUUUGCACAUAGAAGGAGAAAAGAAGAAGCCAUUUGAGAGAGAAACAAAGAACUAGGAACUAGAGAGGGGGAAAAUGGAAACUAACUCAGCAUCAAAGUGGGUUUUGUGGGUGUGCUUAGUGGUGCUUCUGGGAUGUGGGCUAGUGCAAUGCAGCGUUACUUAUGAUAAAAAGGCAAUGGUUAUUAAUGGCCAAAGGAGAAUUCUCAUUUCUGGUUCCAUCCAUUACCCGAGAAGCACCCCUGAGAUGUGGGAAGACCUGAUUAACAAGGCUAAAGAAGGAGGUCUGGAUGUGAUUGAGACUUAUGUUUUUUGGAACGUUCACGAGCCUUCUCCUGGCAAUUAUAAUUUUGAAGGGAGAUAUGAUUUGGUGAGGUUUAUAAAGACCAUCCAGAGAGCAGGGCUAUAUGCUCAUCUCCGCAUUGGACCUUAUGUUUGCGCAGAAUGGAACUUUGGGGGAUUUCCUGUUUGGCUGAAAUAUGUACCAGGUAUUAGCUUCAGGACGGAUAAUGAGCCAUUCAAGAUGGCUAUGAAAGGGUUCACUGAGAAAAUUGUCAAUCUUAUGAAGAGUGAAAAUCUGUAUGAAUCUCAGGGAGGGCCCAUUAUACUAUCCCAGAUUGAGAAUGAGUACGGGCCACAAGCAAAAGCACUAGGUGCUCCCGGCCAUCAGUACGCAACUUGGGCUGCAAACAUGGCUGUUGGAAUGGAUACUGGGGUUCCAUGGGUGAUGUGCAAGGAAGAAGACGCCCCAGAUCCUGUGAUCAACACGUGCAACGGUUUCUACUGUGAUGCUUUCUCCCCCAACAAACCUUACAAACCCACGAUAUGGACUGAGGCUUGGAGCGGCUGGUUUACGGAAUUUGGAGGUCCAACCCAUGAGAGGCCAGUUCAGGAUUUGGCAUUUGCUGUAGCUAGAUUCAUACAGAGGGGAGGUUCAUUUGUUAACUAUUACAUGUAUCAUGGAGGCACGAAUUUUGGCCGCUCUGCCGGGGGUCCUUUCAUCACUACAAGCUAUGAUUAUGAUGCUCCACUUGAUGAAUAUGGUUUGAUCCGGCAGCCUAAAUAUGGUCAUCUGAAAGAACUACAUAGAGCUGUCAAACUAUGCGAGAAAGCUCUAGUUUCAAGUGAUCCCGUUGUGACUUCUUUAGGAAGCCUUCAACAGGCUCAUGUAUACUCUUCAGAAUCCGGAGAUUGUGCAGCCUUUCUUUCAAAUUAUGAUACUAAGUCAGCAGUGAGAGUUAUGUUCAAUAACAUGCAUUAUAACCUUAUUACUCUAUACACCUAUAUUUCCACUGUCAAACAUUCCCCAUCAGAUGAUACUUUCUUGUCUGAACCACAGGUUGGAGUUCAAACAUCCCAGAUGGAAAUGUUACCCACCAACUCUGAAAUAUUCUCCUGGGAAACAUAUAAUGAAGAUUUAUCUUCCUUGGAUGACAGCUCAACAUUCUCUACAGUUGGCCUCUUGGAACAGAUAAAUGUCACGAGAGAUGCUAGUGAUUAUCUUUGGUACACAACUAGUGUUGAUAUCAGUUCAUCAGAAUCCUUCCUGCAUGGUGGGAAGCUCCCAACUCUUGUUGUCCAGUCAACUGGUCACGCGUUGCAUGUUUUUGUGAAUGGACAGCUUUCUGGUUCUGCUUCUGGGACGAGGCAAAACAGGAGGUUUACAUUUAAUGAGAAAGUCAACCUACGUGCUGGAUCAAAUAAAAUCAGUCUCCUCAGUGUAGCAGUUGGAUUGCCAAAUGUAGGUGGGCAUUAUGAGACCUGGAGCACUGGAGUCUUGGGUCCCGUUGCACUGCUUGGACUUGAUCAGGGAAAAUGGGAUUUGUCCUGGUCAAAGUGGACCUACCAGGUUGGACUUAAGGGAGAAGCCAUGAAUCUUGUCUCCCCAAAUGCUAUUUCUUCUGUUGACUGGAUGCAGGGUUCACUAAUAGCCCAAAGACAGCAGCCUUUGACAUGGCAUAAGGCUUAUUUUAAUGCACCUGAUGGAGAUGAGCCACUGGCCUUGGACAUGAGUAGCAUGGGCAAAGGCCAAGUUUGGGUUAAUGGCCAGAGUCUUGGAAGAUACUGGACUGCAUAUGCCACUGGUCAUUGCAAUGGAUGUAGUUACACAGGAAGUUAUCGGCCUCCAAAGUGUCAACUGGGAUGUGGGCAACCAACUCAAAGAUGGUAUCAUUUACCGCGUUCUUGGCUAAAACCAACCCAGAAUCUGCUGGUGCUUUUUGAAGAGCUUGGAGGUGAUCCCACGAGAAUCACUCUUGUGAAGAGAUCAAUGACCAGCGUUUGUGCAGAUGUAGCUGAGUAUCACCCAAAUAUUAGAAACUGGCAGAUCGAAAGCUACGGGAGACCUGAAGAGUUCCACAAACCCAAGGUUCACCUUCGUUGUGGUCCCGGACAGUCCAUUUCUUCUAUCAAGUUUGCAAGCUUUGGAACUCCCCUAGGAACCUGUGGGAGCUUCCAGCAAGGAACUUGCCAUGCUCCUACCUCAUAUGCCAUCUUAGAGAAGAAAUGUAUUGGGCAGCAGAAAUGCUCAGUCACAAUAUCAAACAGCAACUUUGGGCAAGAUCCAUGUCCCAAGGUGUUGAAGCGGUUGUCAGUUGAAGCAAUUUGUGCCCCUGUGAAUUAAUGUGCAUACUGUAAGCAAAGAAGACAAAGAAGGAAGGGAGAGAUCAAAGGGAAUUUCAUGUUAAAGUUAGUUACACGAGUAUUUAUGAUGUGAAGCGCCAUUAUUAUUGCAUUCCAGAUUCAGGCAAGCAUUGUUUCUGGGAAGCUAGAUAGAUUUUAACUUUAUAUGGGUGCCCAUGGGAACCCUGUGUGUUGGCAUAUUCUGAGAUAAGGUAGUUUAUAGGUCCAGGACUUCAAAACUGCAAGUCCUGGUAAGAAUCUGAAUCCAUGGUCAUUUUCCUCUUUUAACAGGAAAAUGUGAACCAGGAUUGCCCUGAUUCUGUCUUCAAGGUCAUCCAAGUGAAGUUGAGUGUGUUGUCCGGGGAGAAUUUUGCCCUGGACAGAUUUCAUGUUAGGAACGGUUCCUAGUGUGUCGCCAUGUCAGUCUUUCUUUUUCUGUUUUUCCAUAUACUUUGUGCAGUUGUUGGGAGUGACCUGAAUAUCUGUCGGUAUUUUCAUGCCAAGUUGUGAUGAUUAAAUCUGCUUUUAAA